AUGGCCCUGACUCCACUGCUGACCCCUAGACUCCCCUCAGACACCCACCCCCCUGGAGCUCCUAGAGAAGUGGAAAUUGCUGCCAUCAGGCCAGAACAGGCCUCAGAACUGGGGGAGGACUCCUUGGACUCUUCAGAGCGUUUCCUAGGCAGUCUAAGGGGUGCUGAAUCUGCUGCUGAGUCCUCCACAUUGCCAACACCUGCCCCUGAGGAUCGAGUUGGGCGGAAGCACCCUGAGUGCCCCAUUUCUAGCAGGGAGGUACUGGACGUUGAGCAAGACAAUCUGCACCUUUGUCUGUUGGGGCUCAGCCUUCGGCUGCAGGACUUGGAGCGGGGCAUGGGGCGCUGGGCAUCGGCACAGAGCAGGAUCGUCCAACUGCAGGCCCUGCAGGCAGAUCUGCGCGGAGCAGCAGAGCGUGUGGAUGCCUUGGUGGCAUUUGGAGAGAGGCUGGCACAGAGGAGUGAACCGCAGGCCCGGGCAUCCUUAGAGCAGAUCCUGAGGGCGCUGGGAACCCACCGGGACAGCAUCUUCUGGCGACUGUGGCAGCUGCAGGCUCAGCUGGUAUUCGAGGAGGCUGACACACUGGACCAGGACUUAGAAGUGGAGGGAGACUCAGACAGACCAGGACCUGGUGGGAUCUGGGGCCCUUGGGCACCCAGCAGCCUCCCCAGUCCUGCAGAGCUGGAGUGGGAUCCAGCAGGGGAUGUGGGUGGCAUUGGCCCUCUGGCACGAAGGAUGGCCUGGACUCCAGGAGCCCCCUGUGAGCUGUGUGGCUAUUGGCGUCCCCAAAGCAGGGGUCAAGGCCUUGAGGUGAGAGAAGCUGAUACCUCUCUUGCCCCAUAGGACCUGCUCAUGUCAGGCCUUAGCCGUCGAAAACACUUAGCAGGACAUCAGAGACACUCCCUGCUCCAGAAAAAUCAGGCCAAGAAGCGGCAUGCACCUCCCAGGCUCCAGGAGAUGAUGCUGACAGCAGCGCCAGGGACCCCAGCUCCUGCAAUCUGGUGGCCCCUGACCUUCUUCAUCCUCCUUCUCUUCCUUCUCCUGAUGGGGGCCACAGUGCUGCUGCCCAUGUCAGGGGACCCCUGCUGCUCGUCUAGCCAGCUGGCCAGGACACCUUACCUGGUGCUCAGCUAUGUCAAUGGGCCUCCCCCACUCUAAGGCCCAAGCAGACGUGUAAUAAAGAUUCACUGCUAUU